CGGGCGGCGGCGGCGGCCGUCGCAGGAGAAGGAGGAGGAGCGGCGGCGGGGGCUCCCCCUGCAGCCCGGCCGGGUUCCUGUUCUGCACCUACCCCAAAGGUAUCAAAAUGUCUUCGGGACUUCUUGGUGAUGAAAAACAUUAGAAAACAAGACUAGCAUCUGUCAAAUGGGGUUCUCUCUCCAUUUCUCUCUACACACCUUUCCUUUCGGGGGAGAAGAAGCGAAGAAUAGUAUGAAAAGUGCAAAAUGUUUCAAAUUCCUGUUCAAAACCUUGAUAAUAUAAGGAAGGCUCGAAAAAAGGUGAAGGACAUUCUAGUGGAUCUUGGGCUUGACAACUGCAGGGAAUUAUUGAAGAAUCUUAAAAGUUUUGAUGCAGGUGAAAACUACUUUUGUAACACUUCAUGGAGUGAUGUCUCUCCUUGGGAGCCUGUGGGCAAAAGGAAGAGAUACAGAACAAAGCCGUACUGCUGUAGCUUAUGCAAGUUCUCCUCCAAAUUGCUUACUUCUUUCAAGAAUCACUUGCAUCGUUACCAUGAGGAUGAAAUGGACCAAGAGAUGGUGGUUUCUUGCCCAAAAUGUACAUUUUCUUCUCAUCCCAAAGUAGUGGGAAAACACAUCCGGAUGUUUCAUUCAUCUAAUAAACGAAUACAGAACUAUACAGUGAGCAUUUUGGAUGGCAUGAAACAAUUUAGGAGCGACAUCAUAAACUUCACGUGUCUAAAAUGUCAAUUCACAGAUACCUUGUAUUACAAUAUGAAGAAACAUGUGCUGGUGAACCAUUUUAAAAACUUAAUAAGUGUAUAUUUUGGCGAGAAACUUGAUGAAAGUACACCAAAUUCAGUUGAGUUCUACUGUAAAAAAUGUGAUGCUUCUGCAAACAGCCCAGAUUCUUUAAUGUUCCAUGUCUUGACAGCUGAAACCCACAGAGACCUGGAGAAUAAACUUCGAUCUCUGAUUUCAGAACAUAUUAAGAAACCUGGACUUGUGAAACAAAUGCAUAUUGCUCCAAAGCCUUUUCAAGGUGUGGCAGCGGCUACUCCAUCUGCAGGGGCUGCUGCUGCCCCACCAGGUUCCAUGAGUGCUCCAGCUUGCAUCCAGGUUGCAUUUCCACAGAAUAAUCAAAACCAGAGCAUGGUACAAACACAAGCAGUUCAGAACACAGGCGGACUAGUGACCCUCCCAAGUGCCUCUGGCAGCCUCCCACAAACCACUUCUGCUCCCGCUGCUCUGCCCUCGCACGUCGCCCUUGUGCCYAGCAAUCCUCCCGUGGGUCAGAACAACGUUGGUGUUCAGCCAUCACCUUCCCAGCCCAUCAUUGUUUCUCCUGGCCUCUCUCUUAAUCAUUCUGUUGGGACCAUCAAUAGAACUGUGGCCCCUGCAGUUCUUCCUCUUAAUCAGCCUGUCAGGCCUGGGCUCUUUCCUGAUAAUCAACCGAUUGGUACUAUGAAUGGUCCACUUCCAGCUGGAACACUCCCUGUAACUCAACCUGUUGGGCCUGUGAAUCAGCCAGUUACUCCAGCAAUUCUGUCUGUCAACCAGUCACUUGGGAACAUGAACAGACCCAUUGAUCCCAGGGUCCUUCCUGUGGCGCAGACAGUUGGGUCAGGUGUUCUCCAGCUUAACCAGCCUGUUGCCCCUGGGGUAGUUCCUGUCAGACAGCCUGUUGGACCUGGGUUCCUUCAGCUGAAUCAACCUGUUGCACCAGCAGUUAUCCCAGUAAAUCAGCCAGUUCAACCUUCGGUUUCUCAAAGUGCAGCUUUUCUGACGGCGGGCUCUAUACUGAGGCAGUUGAUUCCCACGGGCAAGCAGGUUAAUGGGAUACCUACAUACACACUGGCYCCCGUAUCAGUUACUUUGCCUGUACCUCCUGGUGGUGGAGUGGCAACUGUGACACCUCCACAGGUGCCCAUCCAGCUCAUGCAGUCUGGCUCAGUGACUCAGCUGUCCCAGUCACCAGCCAGUGCUCCCUCUUCUCCUGUCCUUCUGACCUCUGAGAAUGUAUCCCUAAAGACCUCCCCGCCUGGUCCUGAAACAAGCCAGGCUGUCAGACAGGCCAAGCAAUGGAAGACCUGCCCUGUUUGCAACGAGCUUUUCCCAUCAAAUGUCUAUGAGGUGCACAUGGAGGUGGCCCACAAACCACAUGAAGUAAAAGUGGAAACCCCAGAACCUCACAAACUAGCAGCUUGUGCAUCCUUUCUGAGGAUGACAGAAAAGGCGAUCCGGUGUUACGCUUGUAAAUGUUUUCUCUGUGAGGAAGAGCUCAUGAAGCAUAUCUUCAUGCAUGGCUUAUCUUGCUUGUUUUGCACAGGUACUUUCUAUGACUUAAAAAGCCUCGUGGAGCACAAUAAAACUGCACACAAUGGGAGAAAGCAGCUGCAUGCAAGUUACAGCAACAGAGGAAUUCAGCUAGGUAACGAUGCUCAGGGUGGCCUUGUGUUUCCACACUUUGAUUUCAACACAGUGCUACCAGAUGAAGACAUGGGUGAAAGAGAAGUCCAUUUGGCAGUGCUUGUUGGAAUAUAUUCAACACUUCUUGUCCCUGUUUACAUCAAAGUGAAACCUCAGACAGCAGAAGUGAACAGAAGAUGCACCAGAAAAAUGUUCACAUGUCCCUUUUGUUUAGGUACGUUUGCUGGUAGAGAAACCUAUGAAAAGCAUUUGAAAGAGCGGCAUCAUAUAAUGCCGACUGUGCAUACAAUUUUAAAGUCUCCUGCUUUCAAGUGCAUCCACUGUUGCGGUGUGUACACUGGAAAUAUGACUCUGACAGCUAUUGCUGUGCAUUUGCUCCGUUGUAGAAGUGCUCCCAAAGAUACCAACUCAAGCCUGAAGAUGGAGCUUGAGCGCACUGASAGGAAAGAGCUGCUGUUUUUGAAUGGUGAAAAGCAUGUUUCUGUGCUGGUGAAAAGAAAGCAAUCAGAUUCCUGCUUUGUUGCAGAAGACCAAAGGAAUAAAGAACAGCAGCCUCUGAGCUUAAGUACUGGCAUAGCUCUGUCUCCAGAGAAUGAAAUGAAUUUAGGGGUAGUGCCUUUCAAACGACAAAAGAUUAGGACUGAAAUGAGGAAGCUUCCUUCUAGUGAGGAUCUCUGCUUUCUAGCAGUGGAUCCUAAUCUGUAUGAUCACAAUUCAUAUGAGGCACAGAAACAGUUUUUGUCAGAUUACUUUCACAAGAGGCCAUAUCCUUCUAAAAAAGAGGUGGAAUUACUUUCCUUGCUGCUAUGUGUGUGGAAAAUUGAUGUCCCAUCAUUCUUUGCAAAAAGGAGGAAUAGGUGCUUAAAUGCGAUAAAACUUCGGGAGCCAUCUGUCCUGCUGGGUUUCAGUAUGUCUGAACUAAAAAACGUUAAGCACAGUUUGAAUUUAAAAGAUGGACCAUUGGAUAUGUAACCCAGCUUUUUAUAACAGCAAAAAGCAAUCCAUAAUUGCAUACUUAUAAUUUAGCAGUUUAUUAUAUUGUUUUAACUUGCAGACUGGCCUGUUGAAGGGUGCAGUAGUACAAAAAGUAUGAUUCACUURUGACUGUUAUUGUGAAAGGCACACAUAGUUGUGUAUUUGAAAAGCUAAAACCUUCAGACUAACACAUCUGGAAUUUGUUUUAGCUUUUUACCUUUUCUGG